CGCGACGUCAGCGGCGGUGGCCCGGGCCCGUGCGGCGGGGGCGGGCAUGGGCGGCGAGGGCGGCGGGGGCCCGGCCUGCGGCUAGCGCGAGCCGCCGAGCGAGCAGCGGGCGCGGCCGCCCGAUCCCGCCAUGAAGAAGAGCGGCUCGGGCAAGCGGGGGCCUCCGGAUGGAAACCAUCAGUCUGCGGCGCCCGAGAAGGUCGGCUGGGUCCGGAAAUUCUGCGGGAAAGGGAUUUUCAGGGAGAUUUGGAAAAACCGCUAUGUGGUGCUGAAAGGCGACCAGCUCUACGUCUCCGAGAAGGAGGUAAAAGAUGAGAAAAAUAGCCAAGAGGUGUUUGAUCUGAGUGACUAUGAGAAGUGCGAAGAGCUCCGGAAGUCCAAGAGCAGGAGCAAGAAAAAUCACAGCAAGUUCACCCUGGCUCGGUGCAGACAGCCGGGCACCACGGCGCCCAACCUCAUCUUCCUGGCGGUGAGUCCUGAAGAAAAGGAGUCAUGGAUCAAUGCCCUGAGUUCUGCCAUUACCAGAGCUAAAAACCGUAUCUUGGAUGAGGUCACCGUUGAGGAGGACAGCUAUCUUGCCCACCCUACAAGAGACAGAGCAAAAAUCCAACACUCCCGCCGUCCUCCAACCCGGGGACACCUCAUGGCUGUGGCUUCGACCUCUACCUCAGACGGAAUGCUAACAUUAGACCUGAUCCAAGAGGAAGACCCUUCCCCUGAGGAGCCAGCCUCUUGUGCUGAGAGCUUUCGGGUCGAUCUGGACAAGUCUGUGGCCCAGCUGACUGGCAGUCGACGGAGAGCGGACUCAGACAGGAUUCAGCCCUCUUCACACCGGGCAAGCAGCCUUUCUCGGCCUUGGGAAAAACCAGACAAGGGAGCCCCCUACACCCCGCAAGCACUGAAGAAGUUACCCAGUACAGAGAAGAGCCGAUGUGCCUCCCUGGAGGAGAUCCUAUCCCAGAGGGACACUGCCCCAGCCCGCCCUCUCCACCUGCAAGCUGAGGAAUCCCUAGCCCCUGUCCCCUUCCAGCCGGGACAGCUGUCCCGGAUCCAGGACCUGGUAGCAAGGAAACUGGAGAAGACUCAGGAGCUGCUGGCAGAGGUUCAGGGACUGGGCGAUGGCAAGCGGAAGGCCAAGGACCCCCCACAGUCUCCACCCGAUGCCCAGUCGGAGCAGCUGCUGCUGGAGACAGAGAGGCUGCUGGGGGAGGCUUCGUCCAACUGGAGCCAGGCAAAGCGAGUGCUGCAGGAAGUCAGGGAGCUGAGAGACCUGUACAGGCAGAUGGACCUGCAGACCCCAGACUCCCACCUCAGACAGACCUCCCAGCACAGUCAAUACCGGAAGAGCCUGAUGUGAAGGAGGAGGGGGCAGGUCUGGAAUUUUGGGGGGCACAGACUCUUUAUCUCCAAAUGUUGCAGGAUAAAGCUUUUUUAUUUACCUCAAUCCAAAAAAAAAAAAAAAUCAAAUUCAUUGCUUUUGCUCAUGCCUCACCUACUGUGGCUUUUUCCUACCAACUUCCCAUAUCAACAGAUUGAGCCUUGAGGCCCAAGUACAGUGUUCUCACCUGUACAAAGAAUAAUAUAGACAGGGCUUUCCGCCGUGCGUAGGCCACCUGCACCCAGGGCACAGUAGGGAUCGGACCUGGGUGUACACAAGCCGUCUGGGUUAGAACAGACUGGGGAUAGACGAGGUUUCCUCGGAUGUCCCAGGUUCUCACUCUGAGGCUGAAAUUUCAGCUCUGCAACUUGAGUUCUAGGGACACAGGGGCCAGUGCCACCUGUCCAUGCCAUAAGAGACGUGAGGUUUACCUGAGCCUUGAGAAGGAUAUGUGGAAUUAAAGCCUCCCAGCCUUCUCAGCAAGGUGUACGUACAGGAGAGGACCACUAAGGUCAGACUCCAAGGCUGAGGCCCAGUGAUGGUGGUUACCCAGCAGUGUGAGUGCCUCUUGUUUCCCUCCUACCAAGGAUCCGAAGAUUAAAAACUUGAAUA